AGUCAUCGGCGACGGCAUUCCACCUUCGCCUAACAAGCUCCGGACUCACAGGGAAGAGACUAGAAAGAGAGAGAGGGGGGAGAGUGAGAGAGAGGGGAAGAAGGGAGGUUGAGGCAGGCUGGGGAUUCCAAUAUGGAAGAUUGACAGUGCCUGAAAGAUAUGUCCAUUGUUCAUCUCCUAGACAAGUCAAAGGGAAGAAUUCACAAUGGCUUCUGUUGCAUUAAUUAGAAGCAGAAAGUUUGUUCUAGAUCGUCUGAAGUUGUCUUGCAUUUCAGUUUCUAGUUAUUCGAAUUUAUGCAACCCGCCACUUUUCUCUCAAUGCUCAAAUGGCCCUGAAUGUGUCUCUGGCCCGUCACCUGGAGAGGAAAACAAUGAAAGGGUGGUGAAGGUUGUGGAACUGGGCAUUGCUGGGAGGCUCCUUGAUUCACCCACAAAACAAUUAUGGAGUUCAGAUCAUUAUUUUAUAUCAAAAAUUGGCCCUGGGAAUGGAAGAACAGGAUUGAUGCUUCCCUUGGGAGUCAGGUGGAUGUCACAAUCUUUACGCACUGCUUCAACAGCUACAGUCAAGGAACCUAGCAUUGAUUCUGGGGUUGAACCUAAUGAAGAGCAGACCAAGAAGCAAAUAAAGGAGGCAUCACCAGAGGAAUGCGAUCAGGCAGUUGAGGGUCUGAGUUCUGCAAAAGCCAAAGCUAAGCAGUUCCAAGAAUCACAGAAGAAAGCAAAAUCUCCUAUAGAGAGGGUAUGGGCUGUUCUUCUGGGAGUUGGACCUGCAUUACGUGCAGUUGCUUCUAUGAGCAGGGAAGACUGGGCUAAGAAACUGGUUCAUUGGAAGAAUGAAUUUUGGGAAGCUCUCCAACACUAUUGGCUUGGAACAAAGCUACUUUGGGCUGAUGUUAGGAUUUGUUCAAGACUGCUUUUGAAGCUUGCUGGUGGAAGAAACCUUUCAAGAAGGGAAAGGCAGCAGCUAACCAGAACUACAGCUGACAUUUUCAGGCUAGUUCCAUUUGCAGUAUUUAUUAUAGUUCCAUUCAUGGAGUUCUUGCUGCCGGUGUUUCUGAAAGUAUUUCCAAACAUGUUACCGUCUACGUUCCAGGACAAAAUGAAAGAACAGGAGGCACUUAAAAGGCGUCUUAAUGCAAGGAUCGAAUAUGCAAAAUUCUUACAAGACACAGUUAAGGAAAUGGCAAAAGAAGUACAAAAAACUCGUAGUGGAGAAAUUAAGAAGACAGCGGAGGAUCUUGAUGAAUUCCUCAACAAGGUUAGGACUGGUGGUCAUGUCAGCAAUGAGGAAAUAUUGGCAUUUGCAAAGCUGUUCAAUGACGAGUUAACUUUGGACAACAUCAGCAGACCGAGGUUAAUAAACAUGUGCAAGUACAUGGGAAUCAGCCCUUAUGGGACAGAUGCAUAUCUGCGUUACAUGCUUCGUAAGAGGCUGGCUUGGAUUAAGAAUGACGAUAAGAUGAUCCAAGCCGAGGGCAUUGAGUCAUUGUCAGAAGCUGAACUUCGGCAAGCUUGCAGGGACCGAGGCCAACUGGGACUUCUCUCAGUUGAGGAGAUGCGCCAACAGCUUCGUGAUUGGCUGGACUUGUCUCUCAACCAUUCAGUGCCAUCCUCUCUCCUUAUUCUGUCUAGAGCCUUCACCGUAUCUGGAAAGAUCAAACCCGAGGAGGCUGUUCAAGCCACUCUGUCCUCACUUCCAGAUGAGGUUGUUGAUACAGUCGGUGUGACUGCCUUGCCAAGUGAAGAUUCUCUUGCUGAGAGGAGGAGAAAAUUGGAGUUCCUUGAAAUGCAAGAAGAAUUAAUCAAGGAGGAGGCUGAAGAGGAAGAGGAGCAAGCACGGAAAAAGGAAUCUGCAGUUGAUCGGGAAGAUGUUGCUUUGAGGGAGAUGACAAUUCCCACUGCAAGGGAAGCACAGGAGCUAGCAAAGGCCAAAGCAACGGAGAAGGAGGAGCAGCUAUGCAAACUCAGCCGUGCUCUGGCUGUCCUAGCAUCUGCAUCGUCUGUCAGCCGGGAGCGUGAGGAGUUUUUAAGCCUGGUCAACAAAGAGAUAGAGUUGUAUAAUAGCAUGGUGCGAAAAGAAGGUGAAGAAGGUGAGGAAGAAGCUAAAAAAGCAUAUCGUGCUGCAAGAGAAGAAAGUGACCAUGCAGCUGAAAUGGCUAUGGGGCACAAAGUGUCAUCUGCACUCAUUAAUAGAGUUGAUGCAAUGCUUCAAAAGCUGGAGAAGGAAAUUGAUGAUGUGGAUGCCAUCAUAGGUGAUCGCUGGAGACUGCUUGAUAGAGAUUAUGAUGGUAAGGUUACUCCAGAAGAAGUGGCGGCUGCAGCCAUGUACCUCAAAGACACGAUAGGCCAGGAAGGAGUUCAAGAACUCGUCAGCAAUCUUGCAAAAGACAGAGAAGGGAAGAUCCUCGUGGAAGACAUCGUCAGGCUUGGUGCACAAGGCGAUGAUAUUGAUUCAUCUGAAUCAAAAGAGAAAUAAUUUUGCUUCCCACACAUUAUAGGAACCUUAGAAAUUUAUACCGAGUAGGCCUUUUUUCUUUUGACCUACUAUUUACGGUUAUAAAUUGAUUAUAGAGUUCAUCCAUGUUAGUUUCUGAUUCUUUGAAGGAAAAAAUCAUCCCAACUGUUUAUGGCCGCUGUAAUAUUUUUUACUUCUAUAAAUCAAAGCAUUUGUAUGCAAAAAUAUUAUUCUAGUGCAAUAUAAAGGCAAAAAAAGCCUGUCACUUGGUAUUC